GUUCUUUGGCAACACAUGUAAAUGUCAUGCCAAUAAAGGUUAUUAAGCUGGGGAAAAAAUGAGAUAGAAAGACACUUAGAGACAGAGAGAGAGAGAGAGAGGAAGAGUGUGAGACAGACAGAGUGAGAUAUAAAGAUAAAGAGAGAGAGAAAGAGUGGGAUAGAUAGAUAAAGAGAGAGAGACAGAGAGAGAGAGAGAGAGGGGUUCCCCUGUGCGUCAUUGCGCACAGAGCAGACAGAGGUAUUUUAUGUGUGAAGCCGCGGACAUCAACGAGGAAGUGGCGCAAAGCAGCUUCAGAACAACAACAUCAAGUCUGAACUCUGUCAAAGUGACAUGAUCAGAUUUAAAGGCUGAAGCGUCAGAAGCUGUGCGCCUCUUGCUGUGCGCCCUCACCGCGGAUUCGGCUCUCCAAUGCCCAAAGAGUGCAGGAGAAAGAGCUCCAAGGACUCGGGGCUCUCGGGGACUGGAAUAAACGACGGGUCCCGCUCAGAGCGAAGAACAUCCGCCGCGAAGUCCCCACAGAUCUGCGAUGAUCUCCUCCAGAGAGCCGCUCAAAUCUCACCCUCGUCCGGAGCCUGUGCGCCGCCGACUGCAGUGAUGGAUCAGCGUCCGGUACCGCAGGUCACCAUCACCCCGGAGGGAGGCGGCUGCUCCAGGGAGAUGCGGCAGGAGGACUGGGAUGAUGAGAUGGUCGGUACCCUGCGCAGAAAGCUGUCCAACUCCUCCAUCUCCUCCACGGGCUCCUCUGCUGUGGAGUCCGAAGAUGACUUAUUGAGCGACAACGAGAGCAAAAGCAAAGGCAUCAUCGCUCUGGAGCACCUGGUGGACACUGGAGAGAGCAAGCCGUGGUGGAAGUUAAAGACGAUCGUUCACUGGCCGUUCAGCGCGAGCCAGAGGAGAAAACUAAACUGGGUUCAGCUCGCUGGGCAUAAAGGUAACUUCAAAGCAGCAGAUGAGGGCACCAUUCUGAAGAAGUUCUCAGAAAAUGAGAUGCAGUGUUUUGAGGAGCUGAGGGACGACGCUCUGCUCCCUUUUGUUCCUGGUUACCAUGGCGUUGUGGAGAAAGAUGGAGAGUCUUUCCUUCAUAUGACCGACCUGCUGGCAAACUUUGACCUUCCCAAUGUCAUGGACUGUAAGAUGGGAGUCAGGACCUACUUGGAGGAGGAGCUUGUUCGAGCACGAGAGCGGCCCAAGCCCAGGGAGGACCUGUACAAGAAGAUGGUGGAGGUGGACAGUGAAGGGCCGACUCCCCAGGAGCACACGCAACAAGGCGUCACCAAGCCACGCUACAUGCAGUGGAGAGAGACCAUGAGCUCCACCAACACCCUGGGCUUCAGGAUAGAAGGGAUCAAGAAAUGUGACGGUACAUGUCGAACUGACUUCAAGAAAACCAGAUCGAAGCAGGACGUCAUCCAUAUGUUCGACGACUUUGUUGGCGGGAACAUUAACAUCAUAAAGUCUUACCUGAGCAGACUGACUGAGAUCCGGCAGGCGCUAAAGACAUCAGAGUUCUUCAGGCGACACGAGGUCAUUGGCAGCUCUCUCCUCUUCAUCCAUGACCACACGGGCAAUGCAGAGGUCUGGAUUAUUGACUUUGGAAAGACCACAGCUUUACCAGAGGGCCAGAUGUUGAACCAUGAUAUUCCCUGGCAGGAGGGCAACCGCGAGGAUGGUUACCUGUGGGGGCUGGAAAACCUCAUCCACACUUUGGAGUCUGUGAGCAACACAGGGACCAGUGAACAAACCUGUUGCUCAGUUACCAAAGAAAAUAGCCAGAUGGUAGAAACAGAUGGCCAAUGACCUUUGACCUAUGAAUGCGUGCAAGGAACUCAAACAAUUUUAAUGGACACAGAUUAGAGACCCUUAGAGGGGGUUUCACAUGCAUUGAUAUGAUUUGAGGUCUCUAUAUGAGCAAUGUUAAAACGAUUAUGAUGAGUUCCUUCAGUAAUCCCAGGAGCUUUUACCAGUUUAGGCAAUAAGGGACCAUAUUUGGUACUAACACUGACAAGAAAAGACACUGAACUGAGAGGAGCUAAGAAUUUGUCGCUAGUUUGUUUAUGAACUGACACUAAUUCAGCUUCCUGCAACGUGAACAGAGGUGAAAGUGAAGCCUUUUUGCCUUUCAGUUAAACAAAUGAAAUGUUGUUUAUGAAGGUAAAGCUCAGAAAAUGACAUCAAGGAUUAAAUCACAAACUCAGGGACACCUCGGAUCAUAGAUUGUAUAUUAAGAUGGAUGGCAUGUCUCCACUUGUCCCACUAUCCAGAAAUUGAGCCAAAAUAUCCCAGAUACCAAUACUUCCAUAUUAAGCAUUCGCAGUCAGAGUUGUGAGAAUGAGUCAUGGUAUCAAAGUCCCAUCUAAAUUACCAACCAAAUCAGUCUCAGAUGUCGAUUAUGACAUUUAAGCCCAUUAUUUUUUUUUUAGCAUUAAAUAACUAAGUUAAACUUACAAGAAAAAUGCUUUUUAAGUUUAGCCAAUGUCCCAUCUGCUAACAUGGAUAAGUUGAGAUUUAGGGUGUGAUCGAGAUGCUUUGGCUUCACUUUCUGGGAGCUGUAACGAUGUCCAUCUUUAUAUACAGUCUAGGUUUUAUACCUUCACCCUUCAUGUUACAAACCUGGGUGUGAUAUCAAAGCACAAUUUAAUUACAGUAGA